AUGCACCGUGUGCUGCCACUGCCGAUGCAUGGCCGGCGGCCACAGCUCCAGCCCGAGGAGCCUCAAGUGUUCGACGACGACAAGCAGGUAGGGCCGCCCUCCGGCGACCAACGACAGGCCACGGCGUCAUCCAGAUCCGGUGGGACGUUAGCUGUCAAGAGUGGGCUCGUACAUACGUCGCGCGACAAUUUCGCCGUCCUCGUGCACGUCCAGGCUCGCGGGAUGACGGAUGGCGAAGCGGCGUCCGGCGACGCGCCUCUCGACCUCGUGACAGUGCUGGACGUCAGCGGCAGCAUGACCGGGGCAAAGCUCGCGCUCCUGAAGCAGGCCGUGGGGUUCGUCAUCGACAACCUCAGGCCCCAGGACCGCCUCAGCGUUGUGUCCAUCUCCUCCGGGGGGCGCCGUGUCACCAGGCUCUUGCGGAUGUCGGGCACCGGGAAGGCUACGACCAAGAGGGGCUCCAACAUCGCUGAAGGGCUCCGCACGGCGGCCAAGGCGAUCAUCCAGGACGCGUUCGCGCAGUGCAUCGGCGGCCUGCUCACCGUCGUGGUGCAGGACGCGCGCGUCGCCAUCGCUUGCGGGCAUCCCGGAAUUCGCGUCUGCUCGAUCAAGUCCGGGCGUUACUGA